UUCUUGCGCAGGCGCAUACGGAUAAGCGGAGCCAGUAUGCCGGUGGCCCGGAGCUGGGUUUGCCGGAAAACCUACGUGACCCCGCGGAGACCGUUUGAGAAGUCUCGUCUCGACCAGGAGCUGAAGCUGAUUGGCGAAUAUGGGCUCCGCAACAAACGUGAGGUCUGGAGGGUCAAGUUCACUCUGGCCAAGAUCCGCAAGGCUGCCCGGGAACUGCUGACGCUGGAUGAGAAGGACCCCCGGCGUCUGUUCGAAGGCAACGCGCUGCUGCGGCGACUGGUCCGUAUCGGGGUGCUGGACGAGGGCAAGAUGAAGCUGGAUUACAUCCUGGGCCUGAAGAUUGAGGAUUUCCUGGAGCGGCGCCUGCAGACGCAGGUCUUCAAGCUGGGCUUGGCCAAGUCCAUCCACCACGCCCGCGUGCUCAUCCGGCAGCGCCACAUCAGGGUCCGCAAGCAGGUGGUCAAUAUCCCGUCCUUCAUCGUGCGCCUGGACUCCCAGAAGCACAUCGACUUCUCCCUCCGCUCUCCCUACGGAGGAGGCCGCCCGGGCCGCGUGAAGAGGAAGAAUGCCAAGAAGGGCCAGGGUGGGGCUGGGGCCGGGGAGGACGAGGAGGAGGAUUAAGCCCACCCUCCCCUCCUGGGUCAGGAGCCUUGUCUAGUUUUCUAACCACAGAAUAAAAGCAGAUCAACACUUU